AUGUCGGGCCAGAAACACUGGGAACAAGACAAGGAAGCCACCGUCUACGUUGGCAACAUCGACGAGCGCGCCACCGAUGCCCUCGUCUGGGAGCUCAUGGUCCAAGCUGGACCGGUGGUGAAUGUCCACUUGCCCAAGGAUCGCGUCACGCAGUCUCACCAGGGUUUUGGGUUUGUCGAGUUCAAUAGCGAGGUAGAUGCCGACUAUGCAGCCAAGAUCAUGAACGGAAUUAAACUAUACGGAAAACCUCUGCGCGUGAACAAGGCCUCCGCCGACAAACAGAAGCCCCUCGAAAUCGGAGCCGAGCUUUUUAUUGGAAACUUGGAUCCCAUGGUGGAUGAGAAGAUCCUCUACGACACCUUCAGUAGAUUCGGCACUCUCAUUGCACCGCCCAAGGUCGCACGGGAUGACAACGGCUUGAGCAAGGGAUAUGGAUUUGUCAGCUACAGCAGUUUCGAAGCUAGCGACGAGGCGAUCAACAACAUGAAUGGCCGCUUCCUGAUGAACAAGGACGUUAGCGUGCAAUACGCCUACAAGAAGGACGGCAAGGGCGAGCGUCAUGGUGACGAGGCAGAACGAAUGCUAGCAGCGCAGGCGAAGAAGCACAACGUCGCUGUGGAAAGUCAACCAAUGCCAUCAGCAUUCCUUCAACAAUCCGGUCAAGUUGCACCUCCCCCGGUAGUUGGCCCACCUCCGGUCAUGGCGACUGGCGGAUUCGAUCCCUCUAUGAACGCAGCUAUGCCACCUCCCAGACCUGGAAACUUCCCGCCGCCUGGUGGACAUCGACCUCCACCAGCAGCAUUUGGUAUGAACGGUGGCGCCCCGCCCCCUGUUAUGGGACGCGGCAACAAUGAACUGCCACCAGCACCCUCGGGUUUGCCUGCACGACCACCACCUGCUCAGGGCGGCUACGGCAGACCAGCCGAUUUUCACCCAGGGUUUCCUGGUCCAAUGCCUGGUGGUGCUGCCAUGCCUCCGCCCGGCUUUGGUGCUCCCGGUAGCGUACCACCACCGCCGCCACCAGGGUUUGCGCAAGGGUACGGUCGUUGA